GUAAGGAUGCUGUUGUUCCUGCUCCCCGCAGCCUUUCUCGUGCAAAUCCUGCCCCCCGGGGCUCAGGCUGGGGGGAUCGUCGGGGGACAGGAAGCUGUGCCCCACUCCAGACCCUACAUGGCUUUUCUGACGAUGAAAAGAUGCUUUGGACCUGUGAAUACCUGCGGAGGGUUCCUGAUCCGGGAGGAUGUGGUGGUGACGGCGGCUCACUGUAGAGUGAAGUGGAACAGAGGCAUCGUGAUACUGGGGGCCCACAACAUUCGGAAGAGAGAACGAAGGAGGCAGAAAAUUAGAGUGAAGCGCUGGAUUCCGCACCCCGAAUAUGAUAAAAUGACUGACAGCAAUGACAUCAUGCUGCUGCAGCUGAGAAACAAGGCUGAACUCAAUGACUGGGUGCAGCCCAUCAGUCUGCCCCACCCCUGGCCGGAGGUACCUGUGGGCACCAAGUGCAACGUGUCUGGGUGGGGCCGGAUGCAAGUUAAUUCCUCUAAGAAGUCGGACGUGCUGCGGGAUGUGGUUCUGGAGGUGAUGGCUGAUGAGGUGUGUAAACGCAAGUUGACCAGACGAUAUGAUGCUGUGUCCAUGCUCUGUGCGGGGGAUCCCAAACACAAGAAAUCCACCCUGAAGGGUGAUUCGGGGGGCCCCCUGGUGUGUGAUGGGGUGCCCCAGGGCAUCGUCUCAUGGGGGCCGAUCAACGGGGCCUCUCCUGAAGUGUAUGCAAGAGUCUCCCAGUUCAUCCACUGGAUACAGACGGUGAUGAAAGAGCUGAAGCCCCUGGAUGCUCCUGGAGUCUCAUCUCAAGCCUGAGCUGCCCAACUCCCGUUGGUCCUGAGGCUGAGCUCAGGGUCCUCUCACCGGGGAUGGGGGUGGAAAAUGUAACUCUCCAGAUCUGGGAGCCUUUCACAGCCACUUCGCCCUGCUGCAGAUAUCACCAUGUCCCUUGGUCGGUCCUCUGCUGGGACUGAACUGGAUCACUCAGCAUCAAACACAUGUUCCCAGUGAUGAGCUGCCAAAAUCAUAACAACCGGUUCCCUCCUCACCCCAGGAGGAAUCAUGCCCCCCCCCCGCGGACUCCUGCCCCAACC